ACUUAGGCUGCGUGUGUCUUCUGAUGCACAUGCGUUGACAGCAAGCCAGCUACCAAUCUGCUUGCUCCUCUCUCAGCGUGACCUUUCUCCGACGAACCCAUCUCCCCCACACCAUCUCCCAUCUCCACACUUACUCCAGUGUUCUCCUUUUCGAAAAUGAACUCCACUGUUCUCCAGAUCGCUUCUUAAUUUUGCCGGCAGUCGCACUCUCAGACAGGAUCCGCCGUCACACCCGCCUCUCCUCUCUACAGACUACAGGGCGGCUCGAUCGUUAGCUGCUCACUGAGCCAUGAAUACUAUGGAUCCAGUGGACGAAGUAGAGAUUUGGGCGCCCAUAUUGGCUGAUCCUCUUGAUUGGCCUCCAUCUUCUGAUAUUAUUCCUCUUCCAAGCCAGGUAGAAGAUUACUUCUAUGAUGUGUACAACAAUUAUGCCAUGAAAAUUGACAAAUUCGUAGAAGAGACCCAAGAUAAGACAUGGAGACACCGAUAUUUGGGAGAGCUCACUCCAACGGAAAAUUGGAGGCGUGGCCCAAGAGUUCGUCGCAAGAGGAAGAUAUUUUCACCAAAUUCGACCUACUUAGGCAAUAUGCCUUCGGGAAGCCAGGGUGGGAAAUGGAAAUGCAGAAAAAACAAUGACCAUUGGACACAAGGAGAAGUGAUUAAAUUGGUUGAUGGGGUUGAAACAUAUGGUGUUGGGCGAUGGACCAAGGUGAAGAGUCGUCACUUCCCAACAUCAUUUCGGGACCCGACACAUCUCAAGGAUAAGUGGAGAAAUCUACUGAGAGCUUGCGGGGUCCCGUCCAGCUCCAAAAGGAAGGCAAAGACACAAAAGAGGAUGUUCCGGUCACUAGAUUCAACAUUGAUCAAGCGGAUCCAAGAGUUAGCUACAAGUUGAAACUCUAAAUCCCAAACAGAGAAAGCCAUAGGGAGAAGAACAACUAGGAUUGGCAACGAACUGGUGGUUUAAGCUUUAUAUGUAAUAUAUGUUGUGAUAAUAUCAAAUCUAGAUUCUAAUAUCGCGAUGCAUAUAUUUUGUAAAAGAAAUCUAGAGAAUCA